GCCGCGGGUCAAAGAGCGCACCAACAAAACCUAAGGCGGCGGGGGCGAGAACACACCACGGUCAGGCGGCGCGGACCAAAGCAAAGCACCCCCCGACUCCGUAUCCGCACCGCGUAGUCUGAUGGCGGCGACUCCAGCCACGGCUUCCGCGCCGUCCCGGUGCCUGUCCGGCGCCAAGCCGCGCUGCGCCGCCCUCCGCAGCCCCAGCUCGCUCGCCGUCGCGGCGCCUCCGGAGGGACUUCGGCCGCGGGGGAGCCGCGCCCUCUCCGUCCGUGCUAAGGUUGCCAGUGGCGUGCAGGGUGCCAGCGUGGUGGAUGAUGGAGUGGAAAGGCCAUGGAAGCUGAGUGAUGCUCGCCUUGUUCUGGAAGAUGGUUCUGCGUGGAAGGCCAAGUCUUUUGGUGCUUCAGGAACACAAGUUGGUGAAGUUGUUUUCAACACGUCAUUGACAGGCUAUCAGGAGAUUUUGACUGACCCGAGCUAUGCUGGUCAAUUUGUCCUGAUGACCAAUCCCCAUAUUGGAAACACUGGCGUUAAUCCCGAUGAUGAAGAAUCGAGCAGAUGUUUCCUUGGUGGCCUAAUCAUAAGAAAUCUAAGCAUAUGUACUUCCAACUGGCGAUGCAAAGAAACACUUGAAGAGUAUCUGAUUAAGAGGAACAUUAUGGGAAUAUAUGACGUGGAUACACGUGCCAUAACACGGAGAUUAAGAGAAGAUGGUAGUCUUAUUGGCGUCUUGAGUACUGAUCAAUCUCGGACGGACGAUGAGCUGUUGGAAAUGGCCCAGAAGUGGAAAAUUGUUGGAGUUGAUUUGAUUAGUGGUGUCACAUGUGAUGCUCCAUAUGAAUGGUCAGACAAAACAGAUUCAGAAUGGGAGUUCAAGAAGGAUCAGUCGAGUGAAACUUUUCAUGUGGUUGCUUAUGAUUUUGGAAUCAAGCAUAAUAUUAUGAGACGCUUGACAUCAUAUGGAUGCAAGAUAACUGUUGUUCCAGCGAAUUGGCCUGCUUCAGAGGUACUUAAGUUGAAGCCUGAUGGUGUUCUUUUUAGCAAUGGUCCAGGAGAUCCAGCUGCAGUUCCCUAUGCUGUGAAGACAGUACAAGAAAUAAUUGGGAAGGUUCCUGUGUUUGGCAUAUGUAUGGGCCACCAAUUGAUUGGGCAGGCUCUUGGUGGGAAGACAUUCAAAAUGAAGUUUGGUCAUCAUGGGGGGAAUCACCCUGUUUGUGAUCUCCGAAGUGGACGUGUAGACAUAAGUGCACAGAACCAUAACUACGCAGUUGACCCAGAUUCACUUCCAGAAGGAGCGAAAGUAACUCACAUCAAUCUCAACGAUAAUAGCUGUGCUGGCCUUCAGUACCCCAAGAUGAAGCUGAUGUCUCUCCAGUACCAUCCCGAGUCGUCACCAGGGCCGCAUGACUCCGACACAGCUUUUGGUGAAUUUAUAGAGCUCAUGAAGAGCAACAGAUUGUGAGGAGUGGAGAGUACAUGAGAAGGUCAAUAAUUAUAUUGGUGCUCCCUUGCACCAAGCUCAAAAGAAUUUGUUGUACCUGUAGUGUCCGUCUUUCAGAUGUUCUUGUGCUUGAAUAUUUUUUGGGGGUCGAAAGGACUUGAGAAUAAGAUGCUCUGCACUUUGUACCAUGAAAUCACCUGCUUGAGUUUCCUGUUACUGCAGAAAGAUGCUUCAUACUA